AAGUCGGUUCAUCAUUCAUGAAAAGUUUCUUUAGGCAUUUCCAAAAUUAUACGUUAGCAAGAAAAACAAAACUUAACCACCAAACAAAGCAUGGAAGUACUGACCAACACAUAAAUCGACAACGACAAAAGGGAGAUAACUAUACAAGGAUAAUGAUAGUGCGAGAUCCUUUCGAAAGACUUUUAUCUGGUUACAUAGAUAAGUUUUUCUUGCCAAGUCCAAUAUUUUGGAAAAAGAGAGGAAGGUAUAUUAUAAAACAUUUUAGACCCAAUUCGUCAGUAAAAGAACAAUCAUGUGGACACAAUGUUACGUUCUUGGAGUUUAUUCAGUACGUCGUCCAUGUUACAACUCGAGAAAAAAACAUGGAGGAACCACACUUUACGCCAAUGCACACACACUGUAAACCUUGUUUGAUCCAUUAUGAUUUCGUAUGGAAACUCGAGACAAUAAAAUGGGAUUUUAAACAUACCAUCAAACAUCUUCCGAAUAGAAAAGAACUCCAUAUCGAUGGUUUUGAUUUCCGAAUGGACAAAGAACAUUUAUCAUCCGAUGUUAUCUCUAGAAUUGCGUUUAUGUUCGAACGGAGAUAUGACAUUGAAAAGUGUAUAACAUUUUAUGAAGCUUGUCAAAGAACUUGGCGAGGAUUUCAAAUGAGAGGGGUAAUUGAUAAAAACCAUAAAUUCCCUCUUAUUUCACUUCCGGAAGAUUUCAAUGUUACGAUGUACAAAGACCUUGUUAUGAAAGCAUCAAAUUCGAUAAUAUCCAAGUCUAAAGUCAAAAGUCAGAAAAAAGAAGUUUUUCUAGAGUCGUACAGUCUUCUACCAGUUAAUCUUUUAGAACAGCUAGAAGGAGCAGUUACUAAGAUAGAUAGUGAAAUGUUCAACUAUAGAAAAAGUCUUAGGCUACUGUUGCAGGAAUACAAAAGAAAUAAUUUUAAACCAUAG